AUGCCGACAGUGCGUCGAGAAUCUGAUGAAGAAAUAAAAGAAUGGCGCGCCAGGCUACAAAGUACUUAUUGUUAUUUACAAAAGAACGAAAUAAAAGUAAAACCAAACAGGGUAGAAUUUUCUUUCGUCAUCUCUCCGGCCAAAGCGACGCCGGUAUUUUCUUUCGUCAGUAUCUUUUUCACCGCUUCGGCCCGAGCAACGCCGGGGGCGCGGGUAUUAAAAAGAGCCGGCCCCCUUACGCGUGUAGCCUUUGGGCCGUGGCACUUCGGCGGCGCGAAAAUCCCGGGAAAAAAAAAGAAAGGCGCCGCCCCCGCCGUAGGUUGCAGGUACGCGAAAGCGCUGCGGAGCUGCCGCCGCAGCGCCGAAGCGCCAUGGCUGCCCGUAGAAAUUUUUCUUUUUUCUCUAUUCACUUCGGCCCGAGCUUCGCCGGGGGCGCGAGCAUUAAAAAUAAAGCGCUGGCCCGCCCCCUAUGCGUGUAACACUCUGGUCGCGAAACUCCGAAGGCGCGAAAAUGUUGAAAAAAAAAAGGCGCCGCCGGCAUAGCCACUAGGCAGGCGCAAGCGCCGGGGGGCAUGCAAGUACGUAGCCGCCGCGGCCCCCCCCAAACUAACACCACCCAACGAAUCCCGACGAAAUUUAUCUUCUCCACCUUCGGCCCGAGCUUCGCCGGGGGCGCGGGUAUUAAAAAAAAGCCCCGGCCCCCGUACGUGUGUAACCCUUGGGCCCCCACGGGGCGCGAAAACCUAAAAAAAAAAAAGGCGCCGCCGGCAUAGCCACUAGGCAAGCGCAAGCGCUGCGGGGCAUGUAAGUAGCCGCCGCAGCCCCCAAACUGACACCAUCCAAGCAAACCCAGUGAAAUUUAUCUUCUUCACCACUUCGGCCCGAGCUUCGCCGGGGGCGCGGGUAUUAAUUAAAAAAAAGCGCCGGCCCCCGCACGCGUGUAACCCUUGGGCCGCGACACUCCGGAGGCGCGGAAAUCUCCAAGAAAAAAAGAAAGGCGUCGCCCCGGGAGAAAAACUUUUGCGCAGUAAAUAAGUACACACUUCUGCGAAGAGAAAUAAGCGAAGGCGCCCGGACUUUUUCUCCUGCGGAAGAUGAUAAAGUGCAAGACUACAACGACGCCCGCUUCUCACAGUGACAAUCACAAAUUUUUGCACAGCCCGACGCUGGUGGCGCGGUCCACUACGUAUGGGCGAACUCCUGCAAACCUCUGUAUGCGUGACGUAUGAAUCUAGUUCGAGUGACUUUCUGUUUCUAGCCCGAAGACAAAUGGUCGGAAACGCAGCCCAGUUGUGUCUUUGUGUGCCGCUGGAGAUAGGGAUGCUGACUGAUGUAAGUUUACGCCAGUUUUCUCCUUUUUUUUUCGACAUAUAAAAAACGCGACGUGGUUACUACUCCAGUCGCACUCGUAAAAUUCUUUUUUGAGAAUGCAAGCCGUAGCUGGUUUGCUCUUUCUGAUACCACGUCGAGUUUCGUCGCGAAGCACCGUAAAGCAUCCUGAUGAGAUUCUUCUUAUGUGCAGUAAAAAAGAUAUUAAGCUACACUGCGAAGCGAAUGCGAAACACUAAGCCCUGACUUCUUAUUCUGUGGAAAGUAAAAUGCAAGACUGCAACGACAUAGACGUGCGCUCGCAGUGACUAUCACAAAUUUUUGCACAACUCGACGCUGGUUGCGCGGUCUACUACUCAUGGGCGAACUCCUGCAACCGCUAUGAGUGGUUAUGAGUUAAGUAUCGAGUUCCCGCCGUGGGCCUUGGCCUUCUUCGCAUCAAGGUUGUGUGUUCCGUAAGAAUGAAAAAAGUCAGUUGUUCUUUCAUCUCAAGAAAUUCCCAGAUAGUGUUGUUGAAGCUGUUGACUGAGCCUGCGAACUUAUCAACACUCUUAUUGCAAGGAAAAAUUUUCCCUCCUCAACCUCAUGUUGAAAACGUAAACGUAUGCGUCUGAAAAUUUGUGAUGGAGAUUUCGACGAAUCAAACGUCUUCUUUUGAAUAAAGUCUAGGUGUGAUUGAAGAAGAGCAGCUUCUUCACGGAGAGAGAAGAUCAAGAUGAAAAUUUUCAC